AUGGCAGCUCAGCUGAGGACGAGGUUAGACAAUGCAACUCUUGUCAAUGUUAAUGAAUCACAGGUAAUGGAGCACGAGCAGACAAUGCAGUCGGGAUCACGUAACGUUCCCGUUACUCAGCGCGCGCUGAUUAUUCGGCUAUACGGUGAAUGCGGUUUAAAUGCCGCAUCAGCUUCAAGAAAAUACAAUGCAAUGAACGCAGGAAUGCGUCCCGUCACCGCUCGGCACCUGCUUAAACUAUUAAAGAAGUUCGAGCAAACUAGGAGUGUGUGUGACAUGAAGAGAACCGGACCGCUUCGCGUCACCACGGACGACUGUUCAGUUUGCGUUGUAGUCAGUGAAUUGUCAAAAAGUCCAAAUCUCAGCAUUCGUCGGAUCGCACAGCACGGUGACACGACUCGAUAUGCCGUAAACCGGAUAUUACUGGAACGAAAAUUUCGGAGAUUCCGUGCACUUCAACUGCAGGUUCUGAACCCAUGCGAUGCGGAGAAGCGGCAUGUAUGUUGCCGCUGGUUUCUGGAUCAUGGGGAUAUUCGUUCUGGUAUCUAUACAGAUGAGGCAUUGUUUCAUCUGCAUGGAGCAGUGAAACAUUACUGUUGGGCUACCAGCGACCCACGAAAAUUUACCGCAUCACGUAUGAACCACAGUGUGAAACUGAUGGUUUGGGCCGGAUUAACAAGCCAGAAAAUCUUGGGCUCAUAUUUCUUUUCCGGGAAUGUGACCGGUGGGUUGUGGUUUUGA